AUCAUUUCUAUAAAAAUAAACCGAUCUGUACUGAAAACCCCUUUGUACCCAGCGCAAAAGUCAUAAGAAUUUGUCCACCGAAAAGCUUUAAUUGUUUUUUUUUUUUUUACUUUUGGGAGCUGAUAACUCAGCAGCUUCACAAAGUCCAAACUCAUUUUACAUGAACUCAAUUCGAAGACCAAUUUGACCCAGUUACUUACUUACGUGGUUCAUUUUGUUCAAUUUUAAAAUACUUGUUUUUUUUUUUUAACUCUAUUAAAAUUUUUUCCCUAUACUUUACAUAUAGACUCAUUAAAGCCGAUCAACAAUUUAAAAAUCACCAUUCCUUGACGUAAAAUAAGACCCAAAACAAGAGCUGAUAGAAGAAACGUGAAAAAAACUUCAACAACAUUGGUCAGGAGAUAAAGAAAAAGGUAUGAUUUUCAAAUUUCAAUAAAUGAUUAGAUUUUUAAGUAUAUGUACUAGUCAUAUAUCUAUGCCGCCGGGUACAAAGGGAUUAAGUCACAAAGUUGUAAUCUUCGGGUUUUGCACAAUAAACUCUUUAUUCUCUAUCAUUGGGCAUCAAAAAUAUCAAGAUAGAGCAAAUCAUUCCUAUAAAAAUAAAUAGAUCAGUACUCAAAACCCAUUUGUACCCAGCUGAAAGAUAUAAGAAUUGGUCCAUCGAAAAGUUUUAAUUGUUUUUUUUUUUUUACUUUUGGGAGCUGAUAACUCAGCAGCUUCACAAAGUCCAAAUUCAUUUUACAUGAACUCAAUUCGAAGACCAAUUUGACCCAGUUACUUACUUACGUGGUUCAUUUUGUUCAAUUUUAAAAUACUUAUUUUUUUCUUAACUCUAAUAAAAUUUUGUCUCUAUACUUUCAUAUAGACUCAUUAAAGCCGAUCAACAAUUUAAAAAUCACCAUUCCUUCACGCAAAAUAAGACCCAAAACAAAGCUGAUAGAAGAAACGUGAAAAAACUUCAACAAGAUUGGUCAGGAGUCAAAGGUCAACAAGUUGAAAAUGCAUUGCGUUAUCUGCUCAGAAGAAUUUAAUUGCUUAAAAAAAUUAUUCAUGCAUUUGAAAAUUCUACAUGGUUGUGAUAAAAAAAGCAAUUUGAAAUGCUUUGACAAAUCAUGUCAACAAAUAUUUAAUGGAUUAUCUUCAUACAAAAGACAUUUAGGGGUCGUACAUGGCAGAGGUCGUAAAAAUGUUUCCUACAGAAACCGAGAUGCAAAGGGUGUGCGACGAGCUGAAACAAAACCGGGACUGGGAAAAAGUUACUAAACAAUGGAAACAAACUAUGCCAUUCAGGAGGGAUAUGAUUUCCCAAAGCUCUGACAUUGACCUCCAGACAGUCCUUCAGGAGUGGCCGCUUUACAAAUAUUCACGAGCGCCAGAACUGAUUGCCAUGGAUUACAAUUUUAUAAAACCGAAUAAUGGGCUCGACUUCACCAAAUGGGAACAAUUUUCGAAAAUAGCCCUAGAAUUGUUCACAGCGAGGAUCAAGUGCAGCGCUCUUAAAUCAUUCCUCAAUGAAUUCAGGGAGAAUAUUGACGACCUUGACAUAGAUAACGUCAAUAUUGGCUAUGCAACUCUGUUACAUGGAGUGUUGCCUCCAUCAUCGCAGCAGUUUAAUGGUAAAUUGAAGAAAUUUACAAUUGAAGAUUCAAAAUCAUCUUUCACUCUGGAAGUGGAAUGUGCAGGCCAGGUCGAACCUAUGCUAAAAAUAAAAAGGGAGGAAUGUUUAAAAUCGAAAACAAAACUUCAGCCCCUAAUAAUUGUUGUUGGUGAGAGAUUUCAUUAUAAUAAUUUUUAUGUGUCCUUGGACAAUAUUAUGUUUAAAUUAGAUACUUAUUUGGACUGCAUUAUUUUUUAUUUAAAGCUCGUUUAUGUAUUAAAUAUUCAAUACCCUCCACAGUGUUUUUCGGUAUGGGUUUUUAUACAAAUGUUUUUCUUUAAUAUUCAAGACGGUAAAAAAAUACCUUCUGUUUCAACUUUACUAAAUGAUAUAAAUGCAUUAAUUAAUUAAAUUAUAUCAAUGUAUUAUUUUGUACAGUCCAUGUUCUACAUAUACAGUACUGGACAAAAUAAAAUACGCACUAUCCGAACUUUCUUAUUUAUGCUUUUCUCGCUCCCCAAGUCAUCAAUAAAAUAUUCUAAAGUAGUGAUUAAGAAAGUCUAAUACUAU